UCUCCCGGACUGACGGGCCAAUCGCAGGACACCCCUCACUCUCUCAGUCUCUCUCUCUCUCUCUCUGAUUCUCUCUCUCGCAUUCAUUCCUUUGCUCUCUAUCUCUCUCUCUGUCUGUAGCUAAUUCUCUCUACCACACCUCGUCCAGAGCAGAGGAACAGAAAGCCCCCUGCCCAGCCAAGGGAUAGCCAGACCGCUGAGAGGAUGAAACUCUGACAAGCAGACAGACCGCAGGGAAACGAGCACAACUGCCCACAGAUAAUUGGUUGAAGGGAGAGUCCAGGAAGGUCAGCCAAGAAAGCAGCCGUAGGUGCCAGCGUGAAAUCUACAGCAACUACAAUUACUUCAACAGUGAGCGGCUGGAACAAGGUGAAUGACAGACGCUGCUUCACACAGAGUGAUGCUGAGACUGGCUUAGGCUUGCAGCACCACUGAAGACUUACACGGCACUAGUCAAUGACUAUUAGCCCCAAGACCAGCGAACAGUGAUCUACUGACCUCUGAGACAGGUUGUAUCUGACAGAGAGAGGACCACCUCCACGCUCCAGCCCGCUCCAACCCACUGAAACACGUUGUCUAAAUCAGGAAGUAUUGCUGUCUUCGGGAACGUGGUGUACAGUGGGCUGCUCAACGAGCACCUCUGGCAUUUAGGAGUUCCCCUCUUCACGAGACUGGCUUUGGUUCCUCUAAAGGUUUGAGCUGAAGCUAAGAAAGCCCCAUGUGACUACAAGUGAUAGACGUCAACAAAGUCUCCUACGUUCCUCUCUGGCCCUAGAUACAGAGGGUAACCAAGAGGCCACCAACCCCCCAGAAGCCAUGGCCCAGCCGUACACGACUGCCCAGUACCCGCCUCCCCCACAGAAUGGCAUCCCAGCCGAGUUUGCGGCACCCCACCCCCUCCCCACGCAGGACUACACCGGGCAGAACAGGGUGCCCGAGCAUGCCAUGACCCUCUACACCCCCACACAGACGCACAGUGAGCCGCCGGGCACCGACAACAACACGCCCGCCAUCACCGCCAACACGACUGUACCGACAGAUGACGUGACGCAAUCAGAGGUCUCCCUGCAGCUCCAGCUGCAGCUCUCAGACUCCUCGGAGAAGCAGCAGCCCAAGAGGUUACAUGUCUCCAACAUCCCCUUCCGCUUCCGUGACCCCGACCUGCGGCAAAUGUUUGGGCAAUUUGGAAAGAUUCUAGAUGUGGAGAUUAUCUUUAAUGAGCGAGGAUCCAAGGGCUUUGGGUUUGUAACUUUUGAAACGAGCACAGAUGCCGACCGUGCGCGGGAGAAGCUAAACGGUACAAUCGUAGAGGGACGCAAAAUAGAGGUGAAUAAUGCAACAGCAAGAGUGAUGACAAACAAAAAAGUUGCCAACCCAUACACAAAUGGCUGGAAGCUGAACCCUGUGGUGGGAGCUGUCUAUGGUCCUGAACUGUAUGCUGUAACAGGUUUCCCUUACCCGGCCACAGGGGCUACGGUGGCCUAUAGGGGUGCCCACUUGCGAGGCCGGGGGCGGGCUGUGUACAACACCUUCCGCACAGCACCUCCACCACCACCUAUUCCAGCCUAUGGAGCAGUGGUGUACCAGGAUGGCUUCUAUGGAGCAGAAAUCUAUGGGGGCUACGCUGCGUACCGGUACGCCCAGCCCACCACCGCUGCUGCCUACAGUGACAGCUAUGGCAGAGUCUAUGCAACAGCAGACCCCUACCACCACACAAUCGGCCCUGCCGCCACAUACAGUGUGGGGACCAUGGCUAGCCUAUACAGAGGAGGGUACAGUCGCUUCACUCCCUACUAACAGAAAGAAAAGAGAGAAAGACAGAGACAUUACCCCCCAACAAACAAAAAUCAAACCAAUUAACAAACAAGCAAACACCUCAUCCUUCGUGGAGCGCAAAAUCAAACUAAAAGCUUCCAGGUUACCAAUGCUGACCCCUCCCCCUGACACCCGCCCUCCCGCUACAGACGAUUUCUACAACCUUGUUGAUGUCAUCAUUGGUCUGCUCCUAUGAUUUGUUUUGUAUUCAUUUUGUGCUUUGGAUUGAUUUCGGAGAAGUUAUGUUCUGCACAUGUGACUGCUGUAGAUGGGUGCUGUGUCACCAUAACCAAUGUGGGCCUACUGUAGUACGCAUGAUGCAUGAUCAGAGGGGUGUGUUUCUGCAGUGACCGUCAGAUGCAUGACAAUCUAGUGGGGCAUUAGAUACACUGUUAUUUAGCCUAUUCUUCAAUUGGAAUUCAAUGAAAUUCAAGCAGGAAACAAAAUAUUGUAUUCCAAUUAGCAUUAGAAAUAUAUAAUUAUAAUAAUAAAAAAAGACGAUGCACAUGCCCUGCUAAUUCUUAUUUCACAAGACGCCACUGUCAACUGUAUGAUUGCUCUGUAAUGUUGGAGUGUCCUAAUGCACAUGAAUUGGAGUCCUAACAGUGAUGUGGUGUGACAGCAUGCAGAGUGAGCGCCAUUGCACCACAGUGAGGGGUCAGAGUUCACCGGGGGUUGAGACUGGGCUAGCUCUCGCUAAUGUGAUGGCACUCUAGGCUAAAGGACUUAGGAUUGUGAAGGAUUCAAUGUCUGUUUAUUUCAGGCACAUCUUUUCCACACUGAUUUGCAUGUUCACGUAUUAUUAACUGAAGUGUACAGUGCAUUCAGAAAAUAUUUAAACACCUUGACUUUUUCUGCAUUUUGUUACGUUACAGCCUUAUUACAAAAUUGAUUCAAUUGUUUCCCCCCUCAUCAGUCAACACACAGUACCCCAUAAUGACAAAGCAAAAACAUGUAUUUUUUAUUUUCUUGAAAAUCUAUGUAAAAUAAACAGAAAUAUCAGAUUUAGUAUUCAGUAUUCAGCAUUCAGACACUUUACAAAGUACUUUGUUGAAACACCUUUGGUAGCAAUUACAGCCUCAAGUCUUCUUGGUUAUGACGCAGCAAGCUUGGCACACCUGUAUUUGGGGAGAUUCUCCCA